AUGGCAUCUAUCUAUCUAUCUAUCUAUCUAUCUAUCUAUCUAUUUAUAUCUAUCUAUCUAUCUAUGUAUCUAUCUCAUUGUUUCAAUCUAUCUAUCUAUAUAUCUAUCUCAUUGUUUCAAUCUAUCUAUCUAUAUAUCUAUCUCAUUGUUUCAAUCUAUCUAUCUAUAUAUCUAUCUCAAUUUUUCGAUCUAUCUAUCUCAUUGUUUCAAUCUAGCUAUCUCAUUGUUUCAAUCUAUCUAUCUAUAUAUCUAUCUCAAUUUUUCGAUCUAUCUAUCUCAUUGUUUCAAUCUAGCUAUCUCAUUGUUUCAAUCUAUCUAUCUAUAUAUCUAUCUCAAUUUUUCGAUCUAUCUAUCUCAUUUUUUCAAUUUCUCAUUGUUUCAAUCUAUCUAUCUAUAUAUCUAUCUCAAUUUUUCGAUCUAUCUCAUUGUUUCAAUCUAGCUAUCUCAUUGUUUCAAUCUAUCUAUAUAUCUAUCUCAAUUUUUCGAUCUAUCUAUCUCAUUCUAUCUCAUUGUUUCAAUCUAUCUAUCUAUAUAUCUAUCUCAAUUUUUAUCUAUCAUUGUUUCAAUCUAGCUAUCUCAUUGUUUCAAUCUAUCUAUCUCAUUCUAUCUCAAUUUUUCGAUCUAUCUAUCUCAUUGUUUCAAUCUAGCUAUCUCAUUGUUUCAAUCUAUCUAUCUAUAUAUCUAUCUCAAUUUUCGAUCUAUCUAUCUCAUUGUUUCAAUCUAGCUAUCUCAUUGUUUUCAAUCUAUCUAUCUAUAUAUCUAUCUCAAUUUUUCGAUCUAUCUAUCUCAUUCUAUCUCAUUGUUUCAAAUCUAUCUAUAUAUCUAUCUCAAUUUUCGAUCUAUCUAUCUCAUUGUUUCAAUCUAGCUAUCUCAUUGUUUUCAAUCUAUCUAUCUAUAUAUCUAUCUCAAUUUUUCGAUCUAUCUAUCUCAUUGUUUCAAUCUAGCUAUCUCAUUGUUUCAAUCUAUCUAUCUAUAUAUCUAUCUCAAUUUUCGAUCUAUCUAUCUCAUUGUUUCAAUCUAGCUAUCUCAUUGUUUCAAUCUAUCUAUCUAUAUAUCUAUCUCAAUUUUUUCGAUCUAUCUUCUCAUUGUUUUAAUCUAUCUAUCUCAUUGUUUCAAUCUCAAGAUCUAUCUAUCUCAUUGUUUCAAUCUAUCUCAUUGUUUCAAUCUAUAUAUAUCUAUCUCAAUUUUCGAUCUAUCUAUCUCAUUGUUUUCAAUCUAGCUAUCUCAUUGUUUCAAUCUAUCUAUCUAUAUAUCUAUCUCAAUUUUUCGAUCUAUCUAUCUCAUUGUUUCAAUCUCGCUAUCUCAUUGUUUCAAUCUAUCUAUAUAUCUAUCUCAAUUUUUCGAUCUAUCUAUCUCAUUCUAUCUCAUUGUUUCAAUCUAUCUAUCAAUCUAUCUCAAUUUUUCGAUCUAUCUUCGUAUCUACCUCAUUGUUUCUUAAAAUGUAUCUAUCGAGAUAGCUAUCUAGCCAGCAAGCUAGCUUAUUGUUUCUAUCUACCUUUCUCUCUCUCCUCAUUGUUCCUUUCUUUAUAUCUAUCUAUCUAUCUAUCUAUCUAUCUAUCUAUCUAUCUAUCUAUCUAUCUAUCUACACCCUUGAAAUAA